UGUGUAUCUGUCACCUUCGUUGGUUAUUUGUGUUGUGACCAAAACAAAUUAAAAAUCAUUAAAAGCUUCACAAUAUGCUCGUGAUGAUGCAUAUAAUUUCAGGAAAGUGAUAGUUUAUCACAAUACCGUCAAGGAUAAGAUACACGCUAAUUGACGCGUGUACAUAACAUUGUGUUAUCUGCAUUUUUCUUGUUUUUAUCUUUUCCGCACUUGAGUUCGAAGUGAUGGGAAAUUCUGGUCUCAAACCGCAUUACGACACAGCGUCGAAGACUGGAGUUCUUCAGAUAUCUGAUUAUAAGCUUAAAGAGAUCCCGCCUGAAGUGUUCAACCUAUGUGACAGGCUAAGGAAUUUGGACCUGUCCAAGAAUAAACUUACCUGCUUGUCAGACGAUAUUAGCAAGUUGAAAUUAUUAAAACAGUUGAAUUUAGACUCUAAUAAACUCGAGUGGUUACCAGACGCACUUGUGAACUUAAAGAAAUUGGAAUUGCUAAAUGUUUCCAACAAUUUACUUGCUGCCCUCCCUGAUUCAUUUUCAAGUUUGACAAACUUGAAGCAAGUGUAUUUGAACAGUAACAGAAUAAAAAUGUUUCCCGUUCAGCUGUUGGGUCUCAGUAACUUAGAAGUAGUUGAGUUGGCUAACAAUAAGAUUACUGAGAUACCUAAUGGAAUGUCUGAACUGUAUGCAGCAGAAUUGAAUUUAAGUCAAAAUGAGAUUUCUAAUUUAUCCAAUGAUUUACACCAAGCUCCCAGGCUCAAGAUUUUGAGAUUAGAAGAGAACUGCUUGAGUUUGGAUUCAAUUAAGCCAAGUUUGUUAAGGGAUUCGAAAAUUCACACACUUAACAUAGAUGGAAACUUAUUUGAGGCUAAACAGCUGGUUUCUGUAGAAGGAUACAAUGAAUAUACAGAGAGGUAUACUGCUAUGAAGAAGAAAAUGUUUUGAUUGUUAAUAGCACAUUAGUGUAAUGUAUUCUCUUUCUGUAUAAGUGUCACUGUGUUAUCAUCACAAGUCUGCUUUUGAACACUGGACAUAAUUCUUUUAAUAAA